CUUGGCUUGCAAAUCUUCAUCGUGAAUUCUUAAUUAGAAAAACGCGGCCAUAAGUGAGUCGGAGGAGGAGAGAAGGAGACAUGGCCUUAACCUUAAGCAGAGCAAUAUUUUUGUAUGAGAGAGAGCGAGAACGAGAACGAGAACGAAAACGAGAGGGAAGAGGGUCGCUUCUAAAACCUACAACAGAGUGAACGUCUCCUGUCUACUCUUAUGGGUGAUCAUAUAACUGUGAGUUUGAUGAGAGAUGCAGAAACCCAUCACCCCCACAAAUGUCAAUUUACACACCAAUAAUUAUCUUUUAUUCCAAGAGGAACAACACGACCAGAGCUUUUUCAAGCUCUCUUUGCCUUUAAUGAUCUCAUUUUGGUUACCUUUUCUGCUUGUCCUCUCUACAUUCGGCUUCAAUCAUGGCAACGAAGGGAAUGUAGAUGCAUAUAAUAGGAACUUCACUAAUACUACUACUACUACUACACAUCCGUAUAUGAAAGAACAAGAUCAAAAUCAUACAGAUAGGGUGCUUUUAGAGUUCAAUGUAUCCGAUUCUGGUGCUGCUUCUCAUGAUCAUAAUAGCUCUGUAGAUACCGAAAAGAACCAUGUUCAGGGAACAAGUCCUGUUGAAGAAGUAGUUUCAAAAGUUUUAGGUUACUCUGCAUUAGUUUGUGAGAGAGAACUUCAAGAUAGUUACAUGGAAAAGAAACAAGAAGACAUCCAAAACGGAAGGGCCCAUCUCACAUAUCUUGAUCUUGAUGAGUUUAGAAACAGCACACAGCAAGAUAUUGGUUUAAAUGGUGCACCAAGUGGGUUAGUCAACAUAACCCAUAGGCUCGAGCCAGAUGGAACCGAUUACAACUAUGCAUCUGCAUCCAAGGGUGCAAAAGUUUUAGCACACAAUAAAGAAGCAAAUGGAGCAAGCAACAUCUUGGGUUUAGAUCAUGACAAAUAUCUAAGAAACCCGUGUUCUGUUUUGGAGAAAUAUGUUAUCAUUGAGCUUUCAGAAGAGACUCUUGUUGAUGCUGUAAAGAUUGCAAAUUUUGAACACCAUUCUUCUAAUUUCAAACACUUUUCAUUAUCAGGAAGCUUGGUUUUCCCAUCUGAAAUAUGGUAUCAUCUUGGAGAUUUUGUUGCUGAAAACGUUAAACAUGACCAAUAUUUUAAGUUGCCUGAACCCAAAUGGGCUAGAUACUUGAAUUUGACUUUAAUUAGUCAUUAUGGGUCAGAAUUUUAUUGUACACUAAAUGUAAUUGAAGUAUAUGGGGUAGAUGCAAUCGAAAAGAUGCUUGAAGAUCUUAUUGUGACUUCAGAAGAAUCAACAAAUCUUAAUUCAACUGCAUCCCCUGCAUCACCACAAUCUACAGGUCCCAAAAAGGGAAAUAUUAUCGAUGGUGAAAAGGGAAACACUGAGGCUACUAGUAAAAAGAUGGAAGGUGUUGAUGAUGGAAAAAGGGUUGAUGAUGAUGUGGCAAAGAAAUCCCUGAGUGUGACUAAAAUACCUGAACUUGUAGCAAAAGGUAAUGGAAGAAUACAUGGUGAUGCUGUUUUAAAGAUUUUGAUGCAAAAGGUGAGACUACUUGAAAAGAACUUAUCUUUAUUGGAGGAUUACAUUAAAGAACUGAACAAGAGACAUGGGGAUGUUCUUCCUCAUCUUGAUGUUGAGCUUGUCAAGUAUUCAACACUUGUGGAGAAAACAAGAGCAGAAAUCAAGGAGCUUUUGUUAUGGAAGGCGACUAUGGAAAAGGAAAUUGCUGACCUGGAGUCGUGGAAGGCUUUUGUGUCAUCCCAUCUGGAGUCUAUUGUGAAAGAAAACGCCAUGCUCAGGCAAGCUAUUGCAAAGGUUGCUGGUGAUCAAGAAAGUCUGGACAAGGCUGAGCUGACUGUGUUGAGUGUGAGUGUUUCUUUUGUUGUUGCUGCCAUCUUGAAGAUUGUUUCAGACAGACUCUGUAAUAAUUCCUCUGGACAUUUCAAAACACAAAGGGAGGAUAGAAGUUGGAAAUUGUUGGUUGUUACGUGUGUUGUCACUGGGGUCAUUGUUUUUAACCUGUAUUGACCAAGAUUAAUGUACUAUUAUUCCACAUCAAGAAUAGAAA